AUGGUCUCGGCUACAGUCAUCACCACCAUUGCCUCUCUCAUUACAGGUUAUCUGGUUGGAAAAUAUACCUCGCAACAAGAAGCUGCUCCUGCCACUGCUCAAAAGAUGGCCAUCAACAAGCAAGAGAAUGAGGAAAGCGAUGACGAGUUGGAUGUCUUGCCUGAAGGCCAAAUCGAUGUCAACAAGUACGACAACUUUAAAUUGACAUUGGUUGUUCGCUCAGAUCUUGGUAUGACUAAAGGCAAAAUUGCAGCUCAGUGCGGACAUGCGACAUUGGCAUGUUAUAAAGCAGCCAAAAAGGUGAAUCCUAUGUUGUUGAGAGCUUGGGAAACAUCUGGACAGGCCAAAGUUGCCUUGAAAUGUGAUAGCGAGGACAAACUAUUGGAAUUGCAAGCAAUCGCUCUUAGCCUCGGUUUACCCGCUCAGACCAUUCAAGAUGCUGGUCGUACACAGAUUGCCCCUGGAUCUCGUACAGUUCUCGGCGUUGGACCAGGACCUGCUGAAUUGAUUGACCAAGUUACUGGAAGUCUGAAACUGUUAUAG